AUGCCUUCUCUCAGUGCUGCAAUGUGUGGUAACGGAGUGGUAACGGCGGUGCAUCGGCUGGCUCAAGUGAAGAGCGCAGCCGCUAGCGUUUUCGAGGCUUUGCUGAGCAUUGCGAGCCUUGCGCCCUGGCCAACGUGCUGGCGGGUACAGAUGGUUGCAGUGCAUACGCUUGGGCUUUUCUUGGCUGCUGCACUCUCACACGGGUUUGGCGCCUGCCUGCCCGAAGCAAUCCCAGAAGAGAGCCGACAAAACGUCACGAACCUGGAUGGCGAAUCCUACCCCCUUGGAGUGCUCUCGCAGGGCUUCAAGGUCGGCGAGCUGACUUCAGCCCUUGCUAGGAUUUUGCUGGAAGAAGUCCUUGGCUACAGGACAGAUGCGUUUACGAUAUGGGGGGCAAGACAGACCAUGUAUGCCUUAGCGGGUUGCGAGGAGCCAUAUGUGACUGCAAGCUGCUUUGGCAAUGCCACCCGCAAGCAUCUGACAUUGAGCCUCAUCGAUGGAGAUCUCCAUGAACAAGACACUGCCCUGGCAGGAAAAGUGCCCAAGCAGCUCGGAGCUCUGGGAAUGUGGCGAUCUACGACCCUGUGCAUGCACAAGGAUGCCGUCGAUGAUGCCCUAGCUGCCGAAGGCCUACCACUUCGAUACUAUGAGAGCUGGAAUGCCUCGUGGAACCAGCCAGGCAGGUACUUCGACAACUACACGGCCAUCCCAACCAACCAUUUACAGCCAUGUGCAACGUCCUUCUUGGGCAAUCCCGGCUUCAUGGCAAGGUACGUGCGAAUCAGCGGAGACGCGCAAGGCCUGCACCCGAAUGGGACUGCGCAAUGCCCGGACUUCUACUGGUUCCUUGCCCCCAGCUGUCGGAUGGAACCUUCCGCUUGUGUGCCGGUAAUUGGGGGAAUCGCACCGGCUGGCCAAGACAUAAUGCAGAUCCUGCAGAAGAGCGCCGUUUGGAACAUGCCCCUCGCCAUUGCCUCCACAGUCGGCGCGCUCGGCAGUCCUGGCUGGGAAAUCCCCCGUCAUCACAGGGUUUUGUGGUUUUGUGGCAGCGAUAUGCGGCUCUUUGAUGGUAUACAAAGGGAGCUUCUACAGUUCCCUCCUCACAAUGCCGUGGCAUGGCGCAAUGGAGACGUGACAUCCAUGUUGGAGGGCUUCUCCAACAUGAAAUGGGUGUCACAUGACUUGGGCUUCUUGGUUCCGGCCGCGGAGUUUCUGGUCAACAAAAUAGACGUUUCGGCACAGGAUGUCGACGACGCAUUGGAUGACUUUGCUCAGAUCGCUGCGCGGGGUGACAGCGGUGACCCUUGGUUCGAGGCCGCCUGCAACUGGCUUCUGGGCAACCGGGGUGUCUGGGCUUCCUGGAUCCCAGACGAGACCCAGUGCUGGCCGGGCUUCGGGCUUUAUGACGCAAGCACUGGCGAGUUCCAGGUCGAUCGGAGUGAUCCCAGGAACCUUCGGUGCAAAGCCUGCGAGUCCGGUCGCUACUCCGCGGAGAUCCGUGACGCCCUCGGCCAAACCUUCGUUUGCACGCCCUGUGCUCCGGGAAGCAGCCAGCCCUCCGGCGCUGCGACUCUUUGCACGCCCUGCCCCCUGGGCGAGUAUCAGAACAGCUCAGGUAGUAGAGCCUGCAAGCGAUGCGGCAUCGGGAAGUACCAGAACCAGCGGGGGUCAUUGACUUGCAAGAAGUGCAGCACUGGCACCACCACUGUCGGAUUGGGGUCCAUGCUCGAGGUCGAGUGCGGUUGCACGCAGGGGCAUAUAGAGACAGGGCGCCGGGAGGGUGCGGCCACUUGCGAAGCAUGCCCGGAUGGUGUGCACUGCCCGGUGCUGUCGAGCUUGACAGGCCUGCAGGUUGGUGAGUCGGACUUGGGAGAAGAUUUCGUGCCCGCCAUUCUUCCGGGUUUCAUGAGCUCUGCAGAAGAGCCAAUGGCCACCUUCAAGUGCGGUGGCCCGGCUUCGUGCCCUGGAGGCCGGCCCGGCACCUGCGGCGGAGGCCGGCGUGGUGUAGCCUGUUCAGAGUGCGGGCAAUACCAGCAUUGGAAUGGAGAGCAGUGCAUAGAGUGCGAAGAUUGGGUGACGGUUGGGUGGGUGCUCGCAAUUGUCAUCCUCUUUGUCGGCUUGGCUCUGAUACAGCUGGUGGGGGGCCGCGCGAGGUGGGAGAAGUCUGUCACAAUGGAAAUGCUGGUCCUUGCUUUCAGUUCCACCCUUGAUUUGGGGGGAAAUUUGUUGCAGACCCUAGCAAUCAUUGGACAGAUGCCGCUGGAGUGGCCGCAGUUUCUGCUUGAUGGCUUCGCGCUGCUCGAAGUCUUCGCGCUCGAGCUCACAGACUUAGGGAUCAGUUGCCUCACUGGCAGCGACACCUUGGUGCAGUUCAUGCUCCAGGCACUGUUCCUCCCCUCAGUCCUGCUUUGGGCGGCAUUCUUUGGAUUUCUUCACAAGCUGAGACUCAGAGCGCACUUCGACUCGGCGCAGUUGCUCAUGAACUUGGGCCAGAUCGUGGUCGCGUGCUUCGCAGCCGCUUGCAACCUGUCUCUGGUUCCCUUCAUGUGCUACAAGCACCCCAACGGCAAGAGCAGCAACUUGCUGAUGCUCUCGAUCCUGUGCGAAACGGGCCAGCACGAUGCGAUGAUCCUUGCGGGCACCUGCCUCGGCUCCAUCCUGAUCGCCUUUUGGGCCGUCUGCGUUUGGGUGCUCUGGCACCUUCCUCGCUGGAGUGCUGAAGAAAACUUCUACUUCCUGAGGGCUGCGACCUUCCUGACAGACCGAUUUCGCCCGAGCUCCUGGUGGUUCGGCUUGCCCAUUCUUCUUCGGGGCCCGCUCCUCUCUUUGCCGGUCACUCUUUUCACCAACAACCCAGCCACGCAGGUCGUGCUGAUGUCCAUGGCCCUCAUGGCCUACAAGGCUACCUUGAGUUGUACAUGGCCGUGGAAGAUCCCACUGCUCAAUCUUAUGGAUGCCGCUGUCACCUGGUCAUUGCUCUUGCUGGUGCUUGCAGGGUCACUACACCUGCCGAAGAUGGACGAGGCCAUGCUGCAGGCUGCAGCCAUUGCCGGCGCAACCUCAGCAGCGUCGCCGGCGCUUGUGUUGUCUGUUGCUGCGCUGCUAACGUCCGCGGCAGCGGCCCACUAUGUCAAGACGAGGACGGAGGCGAGGUGGCUCUUCCUGGACUUGGGUAAGCUAACCCCUCCUGGAGAGCUUGUGGAUGCCCUCUACGACCUCGCACAUGCGAUACGAAGCCAGGAGAAAGACCAAGACCUCGUCCUUGAAAACGUGAUGGCCCUGACCACGGCAGACCAGAGGAUGGUUGCUGAGUGCCUGACCAUGUUGUCCAUGGACGUCGUCUCCGGGGUCACAGCAGCCAGCAGCAUCAAGAGCUCACGCAUCCGACGCAGCACCGGCGGCCAGUCAUCACGGUCAUGGCGCUCAAGCGACAGCAUGCUGGGAGCGGAAGAAGCUCCGACACUGAAUAAGGUCGCUGGCGGUGCACAGCCGCUGAGGCUUGAACCUGGAGAAGCUGCAGAGGCUAGAGAUGACCCUGUGCAUGAAGAUGAUCCGGGAGAGGAUGAGCAUGACUUGGUGAAGAAAUACUUCUAG